GUUACAGCCACCGGUGACGCAGGGUCACCCUUCAAGUUGUCAGUCGUGUGAUCAUCGACCUUUGGGCCUUUCCGUUGGUAGCGAAUUAUUGAGGACAGACUCGUCCGAUAGAGUGCGGCACCGCAAGCUCCGCUGUCGUACAGUUUUCAUUAAAACGUCACAAGUUCACAACCCUUGCAAGUUAACGGGAUUCCGAUAGCCUGCCCUAUAAGUGUGUUUUAUGCCGGAACUAGAUGAAUAUCUGUAUGCUCUUGCCUGGAAUAACAACACAUCAGUUGUAGUCAUUACCCUGAUAUUCUAUGAGUACGUGCUUCAGUUCGAGAAAGAGGUCACGUUUGUUUGGGAAAGACAGUGGUCGGUGAUGACGUAUCUAUAUCUUGCUGUACGAUAUUUCGGUAUGUUGAUUGCAAUAAUCUCCGCCUGCUGGGGAGGUCUAUUUUAUAUGCCUGAAGCAAAGUUCCAAAUUUAAGCAUGAUCUAUUGACCUCUUGUUUAGUUGUUAUGGUAUGUUUCUGUUUAUCCAAUGGAGUCUUUCUGUAUAUUUUUGCUUGGGAGAAGUCAUCCUCAUCUGGCGUCUAUACGCCUUGUACAACCAAUCCAAGCCUGUCCUUUAUGUUCUACUGGUGUUGUUUAUACCUAUCGUCGCGCUCUAUAUA